CAACUUACGGUUGGUUAGCUCGCCUGUCUCUGUAAAUGGCUAUAAAUGGCAAGAUUUACUUGAAUAAAAGGAUGGCAAGUGAUAAUGAAGGCCAUUUGACGCCACAGUUAAAGGAGCACUAUGAAAAAGAGGCUGAAAUUUUAAGCCUCUUGGUGGAUCUGGAGCGACGAUAUCGGGAGUAUUUUCAAUAUUGCCAAUGCGAAAUGGAGACCCAGAAGAUAAUUAUUGAACGACUUUGGUUAUUGACUCAACGCUAUUUAAUCUUGAUCAGCUCAGUACCUGGAUGUCGCUAUCCCGAGGUCUAUACCUUAUCCGCUGAGGAGGCGAUUAUUAACGAGUACGAGGAGAAACUGGAAGUAUUGCGUACUGCUAACAACAGCAUGAAGAAAGCCGUGCUGGAACUAAACCAGGAAUGCAAACAAUUCUAUAAGACCUACAACCAACUUGACAGAAGCAUGGAAACACCCUUCAUUAUGGGCGAUGAUCAUCAUCGCAGCAUCGAAAGUCACAAGAUUAUGGUUACCGACAUUUUUAACUAUUACUAUUCUGCCGUUUUGAAAAUUAAAUGUUAUAUGCAUCAAUUGGACCCGAUUAACUUGGAAAGUGUGGAGGACUAUCGUGAACUGCUGAAGAAAGAAACAAGCAACGAUGAAUUCCGUGAUUAUCUCAUGAAUUCAUUUGUCUACUGCAAGUGUCUAAAGCCCAAACCCACCUGUCCCAUAGAGAAGCUCAAGUGUAACCAUGAACGGGUCGACAAAUUAAAGUUUGUUAGCCGUGUCUAGACUACAUUCCUUAUUGGUCAUUCGGGCCAAAGUUCCAAUUAAGAGAUACUAGAAAGUAUAUUAAACAAUUAUUCGACAAGAA